AUGGCUUCUGAAUAUUGCAGAAGUGUUUUAAGAAUUUCUGUUGCUCAGAUAUGUCAGAAUCUGGGAUGGAAUUCAACACAGACUACCCCAUUAGAGCUCUUAACAGAUGUUUUGGAAAGAUAUGUUUUUGAACUUGGAAAUGUAUCACAUCGUUACUGUGAACAAUUUGGAAGAACUGAGGUUAAUUUAGAUGAUGUUGGUCUUGCUUUUCAACAAAUGAGUGUUAGUUUAGAGGAGUUGACAGAAUAUAUAAAUCAUGUGGAACCAAUCCCAUUUGCCAAAGAAACUGUUGCAUUUCCAGCACCAAAACGGAAUAACUUACAAUUCUCAAAUCCAAGAAGUAGAGAAAUCUUGCAGCACAGAGAAGAACAUGUUCCAGCAUAUCUACCUCAUAUGUUUCCUGGGGGAAAAGGUUUGUUGGCUAUAUAA